GAUUUCUGGUUGACUCGCUGCUGAAGACUGGGAACAUUAUAACAGGAAACAAUGUCAGCAUUCGCAGACCAUCUGAAGCUGAUGGUAAAAACCUUCAGAAGGGAGUCCCACAGGGUUUUACCGUCAGAGAGGACCACUGUCCAUGGAGCCGACAGCAUGCUGAUGGUGCUACAGCUGGCCAUGGCUGAGGUCAACAAGCAGCAUCAGGGAGAGUUCAAGGUGGGCCUGAGCGACGUCCUGAUGGCGUGGAAACACCUUCUGCUGGACAAACUUCACCUGCCGCCCCCCGGCGCCCCUCGCCUGGAGAACUCUGAGCUCUUCCUGGAGACGUACCAAUCUUUCCUGAAACGCUCCAACACUGUGGAUCUUACGGAUGUUCUGGCCAUGAACAAGGAGCUGAGAGCGGCGGGUUCGGAUCCGGAGGAACCUGUGAGCGCGAUCCAGCUGUUUGAGUUCCUGUCAGGUAACAUGGAAACCCCAGAUCUCCCAGAUUCAUCAGCUCCUUUAACGCCGUCUAGUCAGAGCAGGCGCUGCCGCUCCCAGAUAAAAAUGGCAGUGAGGCGAGUUUUCUGCUCAUAUCUGAGUUUGCUGGUGAACUCUAGAAACGACAUGGCCUUGGCCCUCACCCUCAACGUUCCCUGCCGCUCUCUGGAACGGCAGGCAUUCACUGACAUCAAGCAUGCCGCCCGAGACCGCCAAACAUCUCUCUUCUUGGCUGUGACAUCUUUUGUAAGAGCAAUCCAGCUUGGAGGGAAGGGGUACGCACCAGCAGAGUCUGAUCCCCUCAGGAAGCAUAUCAAAGGCCUGUCCGACUAUGUCCAGUUCAUGGACAAUCUGGAGGAAAUACUGGGGGAAAUUCCUGACCCAAGUGAAUGUGGAGCCAGGCUGCUGGCCGCCAUCAGAGCAGCUCUGGUGAAAGGACGCAGUACUGAAGAUCCAACGUACGCUGCUGCAGAAGAAACAACAAAAGAGCUAAAAGAGAGGAUUGUCCAGCUUCACCAGACCCAGAAACAAGCUGCUAAUGUGGAUGGGACGGGUAUAAGUCCUGCUAGGCCAAAAGCUUACGCAGUCAACCAUGCCACUGCAUUUGGAGGGCGGGAAACGGUAAAGGUGCUAAUGGCGCUGCUUGACGAAGAAGCUGUGGCUCCGCUGUGUGGUAACAAGGCAGACCUGCUGUCUGAAGACCAGCCGGUCCUCAGCGGAGCCGAGGGAACAUGUGUCCUCACGCUGUUCAGAUCCCCUGAAGUGUCCACUGGAUGUUCUCCAGAAUCCCUGAGGAACAGAGUCCAGAGCCGACUAAACCUGCUCAAGCCCAAGGCUACACAAAGGGUGAUCCGGUCCCAGUUUGCCUGCACAUAUAACGAUGAACCGCCGCUCAACCGAGUGCUGGACUUCCCAAGCACCAGCCAGAUGCCAACCUGUGUUCACCCAGCGCCAAAGCCAACAACCAGCCUAACUGUGGAAGACGGGUCCAACCCAGAUACAGAGGAUACAGCAGCCAAGCCUUCCAGUGAAUCCCGGAGAAAAGAGCGCUUUGAGGUACAGCGGGGGGUUGCUCCCGAGCAGAGGAGUGGAAAUGCUCAAAACGGAGGUGGAUGUCCAAGUAAUAAAAGGAAAACUGGCAUACAGAUGCAGAGCAAGGGUAAUAAGAGGAAGCAGCUGGAUUCUGAGCAGCACACCGAAUCAGAGAAUGAACCUCCGGAGAAGAAACAGCACACCCGUGUGUCAGUCAAAGUGCCCGGCAAAAACGUCUGCAAGGCUUCAAAUAAAAAGAAACUCAUAACUGGACAGGGAAAGCUUACCAGCUUCUUUAGAGUUUAGGCUUCUUUCACU